AUGUUAUUCGGUUACUCCGUCGUGUUGCUGUGUGUGUGGCUUGGAGGAGCUCUGGCUCGGCCAUCUCGAAGUGCGAAGCCCAUGUCGCGCCGGCAAGAUGGGUCAGAAGAGUCUACGCGUCCGGAAAACAUUUGUGGCGAGAUUAUCGAUGCUGUCAAUGAGGGAUAUCGUAUUUUCUACGCGUCCGACGCCUAUCUUUGCUUGACAAGCGUGCCCUAUAACGACGCUGUCGCCCUCCGAUUCAUCGAAUACUACAAUACCACGAUGCAAUUCCAGAGCACGUUGGCAUAUCUCAAGAAUCCUCCGCAAGGAUAUCAGCAGCCGGCAUUCGACCUUGUCCAGGGGCUAAGCAAUCUCAAGCAAAACGUCACAUCUGGUGUCUACAAAAACCAGUACGAUUUCGAGGCUGACCUGCAGUACCUGGUUUAUUCGGUGCAUGACGCCCAUGUUGACCUUUCCUCUGGUAUUCUCUCGGCAUUCUCCUUUGCCAGUCCCUUUUCUCUCGUCACAGCAUCAACCGAUGGCAAGGAGACCCCCAAGGUCUAUUUCGAGAGCGAUGUUAUAGAUCAUCGAGACAAUGGUACUGAGAUUUCAGCCAUCUCCCACAUCAACGGCGAGCCGUCAGUCGAAUUCUUGACACGUUUUGCUGCCCUUAACUCGGUAGGCAUGCUCGAGCCACACGCAGACUGGAAUCAAAUCAUGGGAAGCCCUAUACAAGAUAUUCAGGGGGCACUGAACAUCUUCUCCGGCAGCGCCACAUUCUACCCGGGCGACUCCCUCAACUUCACCUAUGAAAACCCAGACCUUGACGACGUAGAAACCUCCUGGCUCGCCAUCUACAAUAACCCCGAGUUCAGCGGGCCGUUGACGACAGGCGGCGACUUUUACAACUACUUUGUGCUCGGCCUCUUGCCCGCCUCAUAUGACGAAGUGCCAGUGCCGCCGGCGUUUGCUGGUCAUGCCCAAGACGACUCGGAGGUCAUUGAAAGUACCCCGGAUGAAGAGGAGGGGAGCCCUAGCUUCUUCGAGGAUAGUCAGCAUGCCUUCCCCAGCAACCCCGAUGUAGUGCAGGCGCGGUUGGAUGCCGCCGGCGACGGCGGCGUCGUGACGGGCUACUUUUACGAAGACAUCUCGACCGCGGUUCUGAGUAUCCCGCAUUUCGACCAGUACGGAGCGGACAUUGGCAACUUCAGCGACGCCUUGAACGAGUUCGUCUCGGGCGCGCAGAACAAAAGCCUCUCCCGCCUCGUGAUCGACCUUUCGGGGAACUACGGCGGCUCUAGCGGCCUUGCUUUCCUCCUUCUGCGGACAUUGUUUCCGGGCAUUGAGCCUUUCGCCGGGAGCCGGCGGCGCAGCCACGAGCUGGGGAACGUCCUUGGCUCGGCGUCGACGAGAGCAUGGCAGGAUCUGCCGACGGGAACCGAUGAAGAGUCUGCCGACGAAGAGUCAGACGACAAGUUGAGCCUGGUGGCAGACGAAUGGGUCAUUGUCACGCGGCUGAACGCAGAGACGGGUAGAAACUACUCUUCGUGGGAGGAGUACCAGGGGCCGCUAACGUACAACGGCGAUGACUUCACCCGAGUGGAACGCUACGACCUUGCGAAUCCCACAUUCCAUGAGGCAGCUUUCGAUGGCUGGCUGAUGAAUCGAUACAUCGACAAUGCUGAUGUUGGGGAACCCGCACCUUGGAGCCCUGGCAACGUUGUUAUUCUUACCGAUGGCUCUUGUUCUUCCGCGUGCGCCCUCUUUGUGGAGAUGGCCACGACCGAAGCCAAAGCCCGCACAAUCGUCGUUGGCGGCGCGCCGAAGCCGGGCCCAAUGCAAGCGGUAGGCGGCACUCGCGGCGCCCGUCUUUACUCGAGCGACUUAUUGGAUGAGAAACUCGAAUGGGCUAGCGAGAAAAACGAAACUGCGGCGUCUCGUCUGCCCGCUGUCCGUGAGAGUGGCAUGUUCAUCAACUUCGCCGCGUUCAACUUGCGGGACCAGCUUCGCGAAGAUGACACCAAGACUCCACUCCAGUUCCGCUACGUAGCUGCAGACUGCCGGCUCUACUAUACUCUAGAUAACGUGUACAACAUGACAGCUCUCUGGAGAGACGCUGCCCGUGCGGCGUUCGACGACGAGAGUCUUUGCGUCGAGGGCUCGACUGGAUACACCUCCCGCAACGGCACGACGCCGAAAUCGCCCCCCAGGGCCGCAGGCAUCCGGGUCCCUGCACCGGAGGCAGGGACAACGUACACCGUUGACCCUGAUCCAUACAAUCAAGACGGACUGCCUAAUGCGCAAGGGAAGACCAGUAAGCAGGUUGUACCAACACUCUGCGACCUCAACGACGGCAACCCCUGUCCAGGUGGUGGCGUGUGUAAGCCUGUUCGCCUCACGUGCUCCGAUGGCAAUCUAGGGAAGAAGGUAACGGUUUGUGUACCGCAGUGCCAACUCGGAGAGGCGAAAUGCCCGAACGCGAACCAAUAUUGCAAACGAAACAAGGAUUCCGGAGAAACAAAGACCGACACGUUCACUAUCACUCAGAGCAUUGCUGCCAGCACUUUCAAGAGUGGGAAGAUCACCUCUGGGGUCUGCUUGCUGAAGGUCGGAACGGCAAAAUUGGGAUGUCCGCGCUAG